AUGCUGCGAGAUGUUACAAAUACGCCUGUUAUCAGUGGGCGUAGUGCGACUGUGGACGGUGGGAAGCUCGCCUAUGGUGAUGACAAGCUGAUGGAGGAGAUCAAGAGGCGGGAGCGGAAGGUGUUACAGGACAUCAACAGGCUCAAGAGUGCCGUAGAGGAGAUCGAUAAGGAGACAGAGAAGAUACGAAGCCGACUGCCGGAGCUGGCAGGUAGUUACAGGCAGCUACUGGACAACAUAGACAAUGAGGAUAAGCAGAUAUUGUGUUUAGAGGAGCAACUGGAGUCCCUGGAGUCACAGUGUAACACCGAAAGGGAGAAUCAACGACGUAUGGUUGAGAAUUUAGAACUGCAGCACUCGAUUGAUGUAACGAACCAUAACACUUCCUUAGAUCAGAAAAACUCCGAGAGUAGACACAGCUGGGAGGUCCAGUUGAUCGAGCUACAAAACGAACCGGAGACUAAAGAUAAUGUGGAUAUUAUAAAAGCCAUUAAGACGGAACUUGCAGAGUUACAAGUUGAAUGGUACGCUAUUGAAAAGGAAAACGAUAAGAAAUGUUCAGAGUACAAACAAGAACUUAGAGAGCAGUUUGAAACUUUUAAGAGAGAAAAAAAAUUAAAUUUACAAGAGACAGAGAACACUGCAAAUUCAUCACUCAAAGAUGAGAACGAACAUAGAUCAAAGCUCGAAUCUCACAAAGCAACUAUCUGUGCCAAUGACAGCGAAAUUGCUAAUUUAAGGGAUACCAUUGCUGAUCGUACAUCAACAAUAUCCCAAAUUGAUAAAUCAAUGCUACCUCUUGAGCAGGAAUUAAGAGAAGCAAGUUUACAAUUCAGGGAAAUUGAAAAUGAUUGCAACCAUGUUAAUAAAGUAUGCGAACAUUUGAAGUCUACCAAUAGCCUAGUAUUCGAAAGAUAUUUACAAGAGAAAAGAGCAAAAAAAAAGCUUCAGUAUGCGAUAGAGGAAAUCCGCGGUAAAAUAAGAAACUUUGCUAUUCUGAAUUCGGACAGGGUCAAGAACAUAUUUGAUGUCGACAUUACUAAAGCUACAAUCCGCAAUAUCAACAACCGUAGAGUAUACCAGUUCAAUAGGUUGAUUGAACGCGCAUCCAUACUAGAACAACGAAAACUUUGGGAAGAAUUCGAAACAUAUAUUGAGAUCCAACUGAGAAAACAAUGUGAUUUUAGCAUUUUCAUCUGUAACCCAGCAGCCACUGAGUUUCCAUUUGUUGAUAAACUUGAUACAUGUAUCAGUGAGUCUACUAUUACCGAUGCGUACACGUAUACUAGGACUAAAGAUGGAUCAACGAACGUUUUCAACUUUAAAUCAAAGAUUGAUGGAUCGGAAGUAAUCGGCUAUUUUAUAGAACUUCGUGAAGAUAUCAGGGACAAAUUGGAGAACAAAUAUAGCCAAACACUCUCCUCAACCAUUCCCUGUAUAAUGCACUUACUGGAUAUCAGUACUAUUUCAAUUUCGUUGCAAAUAUUCCAAACAUUCAAAGAGAUCAACAAUCCAAAGCCCAGCGCCUUAAGGAAAAAGUGA